UGUAAGAGUCCUAAAAGCCAAACAAUAAAACAGUAAACUAAAGGCAUGGAGGAGGCGAUGGGAUCAUGGGACACAAGAAGGGAAGAACAAGAAGAAGAAGAGAAACAAGUGUUAAAACUUCCAGGGUUUAGGUUUCAUCCGACCGAUGAAGAGCUUGUAGGUUUUUAUCUCUCUAAAAAAGUAUUCCUCAAGAAAUCCAGCAAGAUAGAUGAGAUAAUCAGCCAAAUUGAUAUCUAUAAAUUCGAUCCAUGGGAUCUUCCUCGCUCAAGGAAUACGGAAAAGGAGAGCUACUUCUUCUGCAGGAGAGGAAGAAAGUACAGAAACAGCAUAAGACCGAACCGAGUGACUGGUUCCGGUUUUUGGAAAGCCACAGGAAUCGAUAAGCCUGUCUAUUCCGAUGGCUCCAGCAAAGCCGUGAUAGGUCUAAAGAAGACACUCGUUUAUUAUCUUGGAAGCGCCGGGAAAGGAAGCAAGACUGAUUGGAUGAUGCACGAGUUUCGCCUCCCAACAGCCAAUGACACCAUCCCUGGUGGCUCCACUCUCGUUAACCCUACUCCUUCUUCCUUGUUACAUGCUGAAGUGUGGACGUUAUGCCGGAUAUUCAAGAGAAAUGUGUCUAGUAGAAAAUACACUCCGGACUGGAGAGAGUUAGCAGGUGGGAAACGCAUGAAGCCGCAACAAUCUAAGUAUCAAGAAGCUUAUAUCAGUUUUGGUGACAAUGAGAGUAGUAGUAGUACCAAUAAUAUCAACGUUAUGGAACCCAAAGAGAACUAUGAGAGGAACGUUUUCCAGCUUCGCCAAACGCCCCAUCAACACCAGCCCAUUCCAGUGGACACAACUAUUACUACACAAGUCGAUAGUACGGUUCCACAUUUCUCAAACGACAACAUUCACGAUAUAACCUACGAGAACUGGGACGAGUUACGAUCGGUUGUGGAAUUUGCUUUCGGCCCUUCUUUUCUUAGUUAGGUGUCUUGAAUUAACCUGAUAAGUUGAUUACUAGUAUAGUACUUGGACCUUUUGUUGGAUGUUGCAA